UUUUCUCCUUGUGCAAGUUGUGGUUGUGGAUAUCUAGCUAUAAUGCUAUAUGGUCACGCAUUUUCUGUCUUUUUCUUUUUGGCUCUAUAGGGAACUCUCUUCUAUUGAGCACUCAAAAAACUCCAACUUUGUUUUGUUAAUUCCUACAAUCUGAGAAGUCCUCUUAUUUAAAUGUUGGCUGCAAAAUAGUGGCCAAAGCAUGUCAGUGACUGUUUCCAUAUUUAAGAGCCAGGCUCUGAAAAUCUUGCACACUACACAAAACAAGUGCUUGUUGGUUCAAUAUAGUACUCUGACCUGAGGCAAUGAAAACAAGGAGAGGAAGACGCUCAGAGGCCUUUUGGCCCUCCCUUGUCAUGAAGAAAUGGUUAAACAUAAAGCCAAAGGUGUAUGAUUUUAGUGAGGAUGAAGUGGACACUGAAACUGAGAGUGAAGAUGAUGUUUGCUCUCUUAAAGACUCGAGAAUGGGUGUGCGUGAAGAUAAUCCACUUAAAACACCAUUCGUAUUCCCAAGUGAAACAUCAGAUGCGUCUUGUGAGGGCUAUAAGGCCAGGCAUAGAAGAGGGAAAUCAGAAACUCUCCGUGUUCAAUACAUAAAUACAAAGGAAGUGAGGGUAACAAUUGGCACAUGGAAUGUUGCUGGAAGACUUCCAUGUAAGGAUCUUGAAAUUGAGGACUGGCUUUGCACCAAUGAGCCAGCAGAUAUUUACAUUAUUGGUUUCCAAGAGGUAGUCCCCUUGAAUGCUGGAAAUGUUCUUGGGGCAGAGGAUAAUACACCCAUCAGGAAUUGGGAAGCAAUCAUUAGAAGAACUCUGAACAAAUCUUCUCAACCUGAAAGCAAGCCAAAAAGCUACAGUGCCCCUUCGUCUCCAGUUCUAAGAGCUUCUGCUUCUGCAGAUGUUCUACCAGACAGUAUAGAUGUUAAUCUACUAGACACAAUGAAUGAGGAGUACAUGGGAAGAUUUAACAAUGUUGAGCUAGAAAAAGAGGAAGUGAAAAGCAUAAUUGGUAAAGGAAGGAAUUUACAGUUGAGGAAAAUCAACGACAUUGAUCCUCAGACCAUACUUUACUGGCCUGAACGUCCUCUAGAUACAAUCCCACCCACUGAUUCCAGUUCAAAAUUGCGCAGAGUGUUCAGCUCAGACAGAAUUGCCUUUAACCGGACAGAGAAUGCUUCAAAAUAUGGGAGUGUAAUGAAACGUACACACCAUAGUUCGGGAAAUUUGGGCUUGUUAUGGAAAGAACAGCAAGUGAUGCCUGAGGAAGUAAUCGAUAGCCUUGACGAGUUAUCUGACAUGUUAUCUGAUGAGGAAGACGAUGCUUUUCUUGAAUUGCCAAAUGACAACGAAGAUAAUGGAAUAGGUGCCGUGAAAUCACAUCGUAAGUAUGUCCGAAUCGUCAGCAAGCAGAUGGUGGGAAUAUACGUAUCUAUUUGGGUGCAGAGGAGGUUAAGAAAGCACAUUAAAAACUUGAAAGUUUCUCCAGUUGGAGUUGGUCUCAUGGGCUACAUGGGAAACAAGGGGUCUGUUUCAGUUAGUAUGUCUCUCUUUCAGUCACGUUUGUGCUUUGUUUGUUCGCAUUUGACUUCUGGACAGAAGGAUGGUGCAGAAAUAAGACGAAACUCGGAUGUUCUUGAAAUUCUUCGCCGCACUUGUUUCUCCUCUGACAUCGAUACAGAUCAGCCACAAACAAUCCCAUCUCACGAUCAAAUUUUCUGGUUUGGGGAUUUAAAUUAUCGUAUCAAUACCUUGGAUGAGGAGGUUCGAAAGCUGGUAGCCUUAAGGAAAUGGGAUGAACUGAUGAAUUACGAUCAGUUAACUAAUGAAUUACGCAGUGGGCAUGUUUUCGAUGGAUGGAAAGAAGGGCUGAUAAACUUUCCUCCAACUUACAAGUAUGAAUUUAAUUCUGACAUAUAUAUUGGGGAGAACCCAAAAGAAGGGGAAAAGAAGAGAUCCCCAGCAUGGUGCGAUCGUAUACUAUGGUUGGGCAAAGGAAUAAAGCAACUCGAAUAUAAGCGUACAGAAAAUAAACUCUCAGAUCAUCGACCAGUUAGUUCAAUAUUCUCCAUUGAUGUUGAAGUACAGCGAGUCCUGAAUUUCACAAGCGCAGCAGUACACCCUGAAGUUUUCCUUAAAGAAGAUGGAGAAUGGUCAUACUAGAUAUUCACCAAAAUUUGGAUAUAAA